AGUCAGUUGGUUGGUAAGCGUCGUAGUCGAAGGUUCUCGCGCGCAAAAGCUCACUCUCGCUUUUUAACCCCGCACAUAGGAAGGAGAGAAAAGCUCGUAACAGAGACGAAACAUUCUCAAAGCAUGGUGCUUCUGGAUGCAUCUCCAUAUUAUUUAAUUCAGUGCUGUGGUGCAAAUUAAAUUUUCUCUGAGGGUUAAAAAGGAGUCCCUGACUAUGGGCAGGAUGGAUUCAAUUGCUCUUGAGUGAAAGUUUCACAGGCGCAGUGAAUUGAUUAUAACAGGAAAAGUUUUGGAUCAUUCUGCGAAAAUUGCUGGAUAUGUGUUUCCCAAGAGGAAACUGCACAAUUCAUGGUUUUACUUUAUCUUCUCUCAUCCCAUUUGCCACGAGCUGUGCUAAUUGAUGUGAAAUUUGAGAAAGACAUUGAAUGGAAAGAGAGAGAGUGAAGCCACCAUGCAAGGAGAAUGAAUUCCUCGUAUAUAUAUUUAAUUAUAACCCAGAAUUGAUAUUUCUAAGGAUUCUUCAUCAAAUUCAAUACAUAUAAAAUUGUUUGGGGAAGAAGUAUAAAAUUUUAUACACAACACGAGCAAAAAUGUGUAGUCGAAAAAAAUUGUAUGAGUGAAGGAAAAAGUUGUGAAAAAGUUUGAGGGGGAGUGUAACAAAAAAAAAGCACACAGAGAUGGAUUAUAUAAAGGAAUUGGAUAUACGCCUGGACAAAGAAUUCUACUAUGCUGGCGAAAUACUCGUGGGACGAGUGAUACUGGACACUUCGGAGAACUUCAAAUUGAAAUCCAUUCGUUUGGUGCUGCGCGGGAAAGCCCAUGCAGAGUGGAAGGUGAUUGUAUCCGGAGACAAGAGAACCGUGAAGGAUGAUCAGUACUACAUUGAUGAGAGGGCAGUAAUUUGGGGUCAGCAGUCAAAUGAUGGGGAUCACGGAACAGUGCCCAUCCUCCAGCGUGGGCAUCAUGAAUUUCCAUUUCGAUUCUGCAUCCCAGAGACGAAUCUUCCGUGCAGCUUUGAAUCCCGCGCGUGUCAGAUUCGGUAUUACAUAAAGGUAACACUGGACAUCCCAUACGCUUCUCCGCCUCAGGGCAUCAAAUACUUCACCAUAAUUGGGCCCCACAUUGAUUGCAUGGAGGAGCAGUACCUGAAACCAGUCAGCGGCCAGGAUAAGAAAGUUAAGUGCUGCCUGUGUUGCGCAAAGGGCCCCGUUACGCUCAGCUGCUCACUGGAACGAAGCGCCUACUGCUGCGGUGAGACGCUCAAGCUAAAGGCCGUGAUAGAUAACCAGGGAGAGGACAGUGCAAAGCUCAAAGUUCGAUUACUUCAGUUUUGUGACUUUUUUGUAGAACGUGGCGUUCUGGGCGUCACGAAGGAUGUGGAGCAUCUGGUGCUCGAGUACAAGGGAGAAUCCAUAAAUCCCACGGAAAAGUCGGACACUGUUACUAAUCUUCGGAUCCCCACACUACCCACAACCAUGAUUAAUGUUUGUCGUCUUGUGCAAAUCUAUUAUCAAUUGGUGGUCUGCUUGGAAUUCGAUAAGACUGGUGACGAUUUGCAAAUAAUAUUUCCAAUAACAAUCGCAACAGUUCCAUUCAGAAUACCAAACAGCAAUCUCCAGCCGAUUCUCGGAUACGAUUUGGCCUGUGAUCAUGUUGAGGGUGGCAUCUAUAUAGGACCGGAAUUUUUAUUAGGCGAAGUUUAUGACGGUUUUACGAGCAAUGAAAAUGAACCACGUGAGAUAUCACCCCUCUAUCGUCCCGUCUACAUCACAGUGAUUAAAAGUUCACAGCAAAUGGCAUCAAAAUCUGCUGAUAAGAGACUCAACAAGAAUUAAUUUAUCGAGAGUGCGCCGGGAAACAUUGUUAACCAUUUCACACACGCAAUAAAAAGUAAAUAUAUAAUAUGUAUUAUGUAUUGGAGAGAUGGGAAAAAAAGGAUCCUCCCUGUGUCCCGUUUUUGUGUAUCUUUACACCCACACAGCAAUUGUUACGAAAUGUAUUUUGACUACAUUGUAAAAGAGAUCGACAUGAUAAAAUUAAAUAAAGGAUAUUUAUUCGCAAUGAAUGCCCCAAA